AUGCCGGCUCUCGUAGAGUACCAGUAUGCUUGGAUCGUCCCGGCGUUCUUCGUAGCCUGGUUCGUUUGUAAGGCUGCUGGGAGGGUCCUCGACCCGGUUGCUGACGAGGUCGGCAACCGGUUGAGAUCCUUUGUCAGGGAUUGGCAGCGCCCCAUCUUCCAUUGGGAUCCUCCCGCGGAUCUUGAAUGCCUUGACGUGGCUAUGGAAAGGGUUGCUGGCAAUCCUCCAAUGGCCGGGAUGCUCGUGCAGGACGCCAAGGCCGAUGCCCCGGAGCCAGAUGUUGAAAACCAAGCCGGACGUGGCGACAAUGGGCAGGGCCGAGGCCAGUCUGCACCUCCCGGUCAGACAAAUUCGACCCCAGGAGCCUCGCGGACGAGCCAGCCCGACACUGGAGGGGGAAUCGGCGAUAUGAAUGGAGUAGUCACGGCGGCCGGGAUCGUGGGCAGGGGUGCCGGCGUUCUUCUUUUGGGGGGGCUUCGAGCCCCCGGUGGGUAG